AUGGGGGCUGUGGCAUUCCAAUGGGGAGAGGAAUACAACAAACUGACGCUGUUGAUGAACCGAGACAACUGGGAAUCCAGAGUCAUAAAACCAGCGGGUUGGCUGUGGAAUGACAAAAUAUUGCGAGGUUGGUCUACAUACAACAGAGGGACAUGGUUUGGUAUUUCUAAGCGAGGCCGAGUCGCUUUUCUUGUGGAUGCAAUCCCUUUUAACAGAGCUGCCGGCUUCGAGUGUCAUACUCUUGAGUUCUUGAGGAGCAACUUGAGUCCAAAGGACUUUGCAAAGUCAGUGGCUGGACAUUCUCAAUGUAAUCAUGGGAAAGCCUAUCACCUAAUUGUGGCGGACAUAAAGUCAAACUCAAUGUAUUAUAUCUGCAAAGAGACUCCAGAAAGUGUUGUCCAUACAGGUGCUGUUGCUCCUGGUGUUCAUACCUUAACGAUGGCCGGACUCGAUCGCAUUGCUUAUUACAAGGAUACACAUCUAUGGCUCUCUUUUUAUGAGAUGAUUAAACAAGGACUACCACCAUCAAUGAAGGAACUUGCUUCGAAGUUUAUGUAUAGCCAAGUCAAAUUGAGCGACGAAGUUCCACUGAGCGCUAAUUUCGUCGACAUAAAUGCUGAUAACGAACGAUAUGGAACAACAAGUACGACAGCUUUGGUGGUGAAACCCGAUAAGGAAGUGAUGUUCUAUGAGAGGUACAAGGCGGCGAAUAGUGAUGAAUGGAAGGAGCGCAACUUCGAAUUCACCAUCACUUACGACUAAGUCACAAUG